CUGGCCCGCCCCCUUCGCACGUGCCUGGCUCGCCCCGGGGAGGCGGCGGCUGCGGCUCAGUCGCCCUCCAGCCGGGCGCGCGCAUGCACACGUUCGCUGGCCAUGGCUGCCGACCCGGGUCGUGGGAGCGGCGCCGGGACUGGUCUUCCUCCUCCUCCUCCUCCUCCUCCUCUUCCUCCCUGCGGCCCCGGCCAGGAGGAUCCUCUCCUCCGGCGGAGAUACACGCAGGACAGCUACGACUUCCCCAGAGAGUUGGAGUACAGGGCCGACCCUCACCGGAGAGGGUCCCUCUGUGACCGGCACUGCGCCGCCAUUAACAACACCCAUGGGGACCUUGGGGACCUCCAUUCGGGUUCUCAUCACGGCAUCCUUCCACCCAGGAUAGUCCCAGUGCUCUCAAGUCCUUCUUCCUGCCCAUACCACUCGGAGGAAGUGCAGACGUGCGAUGGCUGUUUGAUGAGAACCACCCUGACCGCCGAGAAUGAAGUGGAAGCUCACAAGCUCUCCAACAAUUACAAGUUUGGCUUUAAGAAAUGGAAGAGUCACGUGACAGCCCGGCCCUGGGAAGACCGUUCCGAGAUCGUGAAGGAACUCUACUCGGACCUGAACGUUGUUAGAAGUCCGACAGGCUCCAUGCUGACGUGUGGGAACGUUUUCUACCUGGUGUUCUUUGGCUGGUGGCUCGCUCUUCUCUACGUCCUGGUCUCCAUCGUGAUGUUUCUCACCAUUGUGGGAGCCUCGUAUGGAAAGCUGUGCUGGAGUCUCGCCGGGUAUUUCCUCUGGCCUUUUGGAAAAGUGAUCCAGAAGACAAAAGCUUGCAAUCACAACUGCAACAUGAAGUUCAGCAAGUACGACACCAUCACCGCCGAAGGAAAGGAAGCGACGCCGCUGCUCAGCCGGCAGGAGCCGGCCGGUCUUGGGGACGACCCCCAUUGGCGCCGCGUCAGCACCUAUGUUUGGCUUCUCUCUGGCUACCCUCUCCUCUGCCUUGCCCAUGGCCUGGUGUGCUUUCUCUGCUGGUUCCUCGUCUUCCUCAUCCCCAUUGCCAAGAUGAACGGCCGUACCAUCACCAAGGUCUUACUCUUGCCUCCGGAGCGUGUCCAUAUCCAGAGCCUACGGAAGACGGCCAUUCUCCUGGAUGCUGAAGUUGUCCUUUGCUGCUACCGGGCUGUUAAUGCUUAUUAUUACAAAUACGCCGUGGACGGGAUCAACGUCUUUGCCGUCAAUCUGCUCCCGUUGGUGAUUAUGACUCUAGUCCUGGGCUACGGAGAUAAACACAACCAUUAUACCAGUUCCGUGACGAAGUUCACGUUGGCCUUGGUCUCCAUAAUGCCCUUGUCAUACUACAUAGGAAUGGCGAUUGCCAGUAUCUCUGCCCAGAGCAACUUUGCAGUGGGAGCAGUGGUCAAUGCCACCUUUGGCUCCAUCACAGAGCUAACCUUCUACAUCACCGCACUCAUCAAGGGUGCCCGUGAGAAGAAUAAGUGCUACGAGGAGAUUGUCAGGUCAGCUCUGACGGGGACCCUCUUGGGCUGUGUCCUUUUCAUCCCGGGCCUGUGCAUGGUGAUUGGUGGCAUCCGGCACCAAGAGCAGCGAUUCAACAGCCGGUCAGCCGGGGUCAGCUCAGCCCUGCUCUUCCUGUCAGUCGGAGGAGUGUUUGCCCCGACUCUCUUCUCCAAAGUCUACGGGAGGCUGGUUUGUGGGGAGUGCCAGAACGUGACCCAAGAGCCCCCCGGCCAUUACGUCUGCCAGAGCUGCCAUUUUGACUUGAUGGAGAACAAUGGCACCCUCUACUACAGCCACGUGGAGCCCCUGGUGUACACCGUCUCGCUGCUGCUUCCUAUAGGAUACAUCAUUGGCCUCAUCUUCACCCUGAAGACCCACUCGCACAUUUACGACAUUCACAUCAGCGAUUGCCACCGUCCCGGCCAUCAUCACAGUGCAGUGGUCCACUGGUCACGCUGGAGAGCCAUGAUCAUCCUCCUCGUGGCCACGCUCGGCAUGUCUGCCUGUGCCGACUUGGCCACGGAGCACAUCAGCCCCAUCCUGAACAACUCGCCAGUGUCGCAGUAUUUCAUCGGGGUGACUGUGCUCGCCAUGGUUCCUGAGCUUCCAGAGAUUGUCAACGGCAUCCAGUUUGCCCUGCAGAACAACCUCAGCUUGAGCAUCGAGAUCGGGAACAGCAUCGCUGUCCAGGUCUGCAUGUUGCAAAUACCUAUUGUGGUGCUUUUCACAGUCUUCUACCCGACUGGAUUCAUCCUGGUCUUCAGUGACCUUCAUAUCUACGUCAGCAUCUUCAGCGUGGUCCUCAUGAACUAUAUUUUUAUGGACGGCAAGUGUGACUACUUCCAAGGGACCGUUCUCGUGAUGGUGUAUUUCAUUCUCCUCGCCGUCUACUACUUCGCUCCGUCUCCUGCUGGCUGCUGAUUUAUUUUCCCCCUCUGCUGGGCUCCACCUUCCUGCCUCUUGGGAAAGCAGGCGUCUUUCCCCCCAAGGGUUUCCCUCCUUCCUUCCUUCCUUCCAGGAAAGAUCUCCCUGGGAUUUGACCAAAAUCUUGGUUUUGUGAGGGGCAGGCGGGCAAGAAAUCUGGGAAGACCACCAACUGGAUCCAACUCAAAAGUUUCUUUGGACAUCUUUCCCAACCAAAAAACGUUUGCUUUUCUCACAAAGAAUUCAAGAGUUUUAAACGACAAAGGCUGGAGAAGGCAUUACGGAAGGUUUCGGGGUCCCCUGGCGUUGGCUGUGAAAGAAGCUUAGCAGGAGAAAAGGAGGGAUGGUUUCGGGAAGAUUCUGGAGGACCAGCGACCCGCUGGGCUUUUUAAAGACUACAAGUUGGAGAAGAGAGUGUUCUAUUAAUUUCCGUUUGUGGCUGCGGCGGCCGCUGCCAGGAACACCUCCAAGGAAGGUAGUCACUUGCCUUUAGAUGGAGCGUAAUAAAUGAUUUAUAUUUUGAGUGUGUUCA